AUGGAUAAUUAAUUUUAAGUUAAGAAAUAAUGUUCAUAAAAUAAAAGUGAUAAAAAGAACAUCAGAGGUUCUUAUAAUAAAAUCAAAGCUUAAGUCAAGCUUGAGAUUUUAUAGAGGCUUAAGUCAAACUAAGAGACAUUGAGCGAGAUUGCAAAGGACUUAAGCAUAAAUAGAGAGACACUUAGAUCGUUUUAGAAAAAUAUAGGAUAUAAAAAUCUAUAUUAACAACUAGAAGUUUAUAUUGUAAGCAAAUGCCUCUUCCGGCAAGAAUAGGAGGCUAAAUAAUUUAAGAAAGCUGAAAUUUCGAAAUUUGUUAAGUAAGAAAUCGAUAAUUACAAAAAUGAUUCUGAACUUCUUAAACUCAUAAACGGUAUCAAUGACAAACGAUUUUAGUCUAAAACAAGAGUAAAAAAACAGCCUAUCUAAUUUAAUUCAAAAAAUAGAAGAAUAAUUACCAAAAUUGUAUGUUUUAUAAUCCUAGCCGGGCAACAAGCGGCUAUAAAUAAUACUGAAGAUCAAUAAAUACCCAAAAAAAUUUAAGACGAUUAUUACAAUAAUUUCAUCAUAUCAUUCACAGCCUAAUUCCCAGUUUAUUUAGACAACUUUGAAUUUUCACAGCAAUCCGCAGAAUACGAUUCCAGCAUGAAUUCUUUUUAUCAGCAAACAGAGACCAGACCCUUUGGGGGAAAUUAUAUUUGAUUGAAUAUACAUAAGAGCA